UAGUUGAACUUGGAAGUAUUAGACAAACAUCACUGUCACACGUUCUUACUCUGCACACUCACUCAUUGCGAUCCCUCUUCACUCUUUCUGUUACUCGCCGGUGAAACAGGAUCGUCCUUUUUACCGGCGCCGUUAAACCGGCUUUCCUGCGCCGGAAACUUCUAGUAGAUAUCUGUCUAAAUCGAUUUCAUAGCGAUGAGUACUGGCGAUCUUCUCAGUAUCGAACCUCAGGAACUCCGGUUCCCAUUUGAAUUACGGAAGCAGAUCUCGUGCUCUCUACAGUUGUCAAACAAGAGCGAUGAUUAUGUGGCUUUCAAGGUUAAAACGACUAAUCCAAAGAAGUAUUGUGUUCGACCCAAUACUGGAGUUGUUUUACCCAGGUCUACAUGUGAUGUCAUUGUUACAAUGCAAGCACAAAAGGAGGCACCUCCGGACAUGCAAUGCAAAGACAAAUUUUUACUUCAAAGUGUAGUGACAAGUCCUGGAGCCACUGCAAAGGGUGUAACUCCAGAGAUGUUCAAUAAGGAGGCAGGGCAUAAUGUUGAAGAAUGCAAAUUGAGGGUUGUUUAUGUGGCUCCACCUCGGGCACCAUCGCCUGUUCGAGAAGGUUCUGAAGAAGGUUCUUCACCUAGAGCAUCUGUGUCAGACAAUGGAAAUUUGGGUGCUUCUGAAUUUUCACCUGCUUCAAGAGGUUUUGUUGAGCGAGCUGAACGAAUAGAUAACUCAACAGAGGCUGGGGCUUUCAUUUCAAAGCUGACUGAAGAGAAAAAUUCUGUUAUUCAGCAAAAUAACAAGCUUCAACAGGAGCUGGAGCUCUUAAGGCGUCAAGCCAACAGAAGUGGCACAGGUAUAUCAUUAAUGUAUAUUGUUGUAGUUGGUGUGGUUGGCAUCAUUUUGGGAUACCUUAUGAAGAAGAUUUGACCAUCAGAGGAUUUUAUUUUUUGUGCUUACCCAAGCAAAAAUGAAAUACAUAAAUUUGAAAAAGCAAUUGUGACUGAUUAGCAGGAACUUUGUCUUCAAUCUGUUAGUGUUCUGUAUCAAAACCAGAACUUUGUGGAGUGUGUGAUCUAUGUAUGUAGGGCAACCUUCUUUGUUCAUUAAGUUACCAGGUAAAAAAAUUUCUCGUUUUUAAUUAUGAGAUGUUACCUAAA